AUGAGGGACUGUUUAUAUCUUUUUCUCUUUAUGCUUCAUUUCAGUACAGGCUGUAUUGUUUCAGAUGUGCAGCAGACAAUAGGAAUAGCAGGAUACACAGGUGGUUCAGUUGUGCUGCCCUGCUCCUGUGCUGACCCUCAGUCUACAGUCACGACAUUCACCUGGCACUUUCAGCAGAGAAAUCAAUGGAUUCAAGUAUUUCAAGAUGAGAAAUACAGCGGCAGACGUGUGCUGUUUGAUGAACUUUCUCCAACAAAUCGGUCUCUUCUCAUUUCUGACCUCAGAACGAAUGACCAGGGCUACUAUAGAUGUAUGACCGAACCAAACAUUAUUACAUACGUUGACUUAAAUGUUAAAGGGUGUGAUUUGGUUGAGAACAGAAAGACAGCUGUAGUGACUGGAUAUUCAGGAGAGUCUGUGGUUCUGCCCUGUUCCUGCACUGAACUACAGGCUAAACCUGAACACAUACAGUGGAAUUAUUUCAAAGAAAAUAAACAUAAAGAAAUUUACCCAAAUGAACAAAUUGAGAAUUACAAGAACAGAGUCAAACUGUUCAAUCCAAACACUCCAGGAAAUCUUUCUCUACACAUAUCAGCACUGACCACAGAGGACCAAGGGCACUAUCAGUGUUUUGUCUCGUCUCAGCAAGUAGUCGCUGUCAGACUUCGUGUUGAAGAAAAAACUUGUGUCCACCCAAUCAAUUUAACAACAGAUCAACCUUCACACCUAACACAAGACUCCACUACUUCACAACUUAAACUGAUUCCACAACAUCACACACCUCAAUCUGUUUUCAUUCUGCUGGGAGUGUUUUUCUCAGUGCUUUUACUGGCAUUACUGGCAUUUACAUGCUGGAGAUGUAGAGGAAGCAGAAAUGCUAAAAAGGUGACCACUGAUGGAGAAGAGCUAAAGAGAGAACAAGUCAAUCAGGAUGACGUGAUGUAUUCAGCUGUAGUCCAUGUUAAAACAGCAUCCACACCAGCUCACACACACAGUGACCCAGCAGAGCUCACGGAGUACGCUUGCAUCAAUGUUAAAUGCUAUUAG